AUCGUGUCCUCUCUUCAUGAGUGCUGGGGUUUGUGGCUCUUGAUGAAUUUCAGAGGGGAAAAGCCUAUUGAGAUGUUGAAGGAACAGCUGAAGGUGGAUUUGUUGAGUGCAAAGAAAAUGCUUUUGAGUAAACAGUCUCCAUCCUCCAUGGUCUACUAUUACAUCAGGUCUGGAAACAACCUCCAUAAGAAGGGAUGCCUUACUGAGAGCAUUGAGAUGUACACCCAAGCUUUGGAGGAUGGUGUAUGCUGGGAGAUUAUUCCUCUCUAUAAUCGUGCACUGGCCACUAUUAAAAAGAAAGAUGCUGGCUAUGUUGCUCGAGCAUUGACUGACCUGGAAAAAGCAAGCAUGGAAAUAGAUUUGUAUAAGUUACGUCUAGCACUGAUUCUUACAAAAGUAAAAAUGUCAAGCCAAGAACCAGAAGCAGAAGGUGAUACUUUGCUCACAAAACAGUUCCAAACGAAGUGUAUGACUGUGGAAAUACUGAAGAUGAACAUUCAAGAUUCUGUAAUGAAGCUGAAGAGAGCUGAAAGCACAGGAAGAGAUGUGAGUCUGAUUGAAACACCUAAACGUUCUUCGGCAGAAGACUUUAGUCUCCAUUCUCCAAAAUUUAUGGAAGAGCUGUUAAUGGAAUACGCACAUGUCAGAUCAUUGGGUCUUGACAGCUUUUUCUUUUUGGACAUCUUAUAUUCUUUCAGUGGCCUUUUAAUGAAAAUGUUAAAACUGUCUUGA